AUGGCGCCUCCUAUUCUCCCGUUCCGGGAUAUUAAUCUCCACGCCUCGCCUUCCCACUACGCCUUUACGUCCCCUUCCUCGCCUCAAUCCCCAACGCUCGUGGUCGAGCGCCCCACCGGCGACUUGCGCCUGAACAAUGGCCCUUUGUCGGGUGCAAAGCGCAUUUCCAGCAUCGCAGGUAUUUUGGGAAUGAUCAAGCUCAAGCUGGACAAGUAUAUCAUAAUUAUCACCAAGGCCCAACCGAUGGGACGCUUGCGCGGCCAUAUGGUCUACAAAGUUGCCGGAACCGAGUUUCUGCCCCUGCGCGAACGACCUCUCCACGACACCGACGAGGAUACAUACCUGGCACUGUUGAAAGACCAACUUCGCACCGGUCCCAUGUACUUCUCCUACUCCCUUGAUUUGACCAACAGUUUCCAGCGACAAUCCCAAGGCGCGCCCAAUCUGCCCAUGUGGAAGACCGCUGACGACCGUUUCUUCUGGAACCGCUUCAUUCAAUCUGAUCUGAUCGACUUUAGUCAAGGCGCUAAUGACACGAGUGGAAUCCGCUACGGCCCGCAGCCAGGAGCCGAUCCGUACAUCCUGCCAGUGAUGUUUGGCAUGCUGCGCAUUACGGCCGCGCGAGUCAAGUCAACCCCCUUCACGUUCGCCCUGAUCACCCGGCGAUCCAGACACCGCGGAGGCACGCGAUACUUCUCCCGUGGGAUUGAUGAGCAAGGACAUGUUUCAAAUUACAACGAGACGGAGCAGAUUGUCAUUCUGAAUGAUUCUACUGGUGGACUGUCCGGCUUUGCGGGUGGGCAAUCGAUGACCAAUGGCAAGGCGGGUCAGGACCUACAGCUUUACUCCUUCGUGCAAACUCGAGGGAGUGUCCCGGUGUUCUGGGCCGAGGUCAACAACCUUCAAUACACGCCGAAGCUACAGGUUCGUGGUGUUGAAACUGCCGUGGAAGCUGCCCGCAAGCAUUUCUCCGAGCAGAUUCGCCUGUAUGGCGAGAAUUAUUUGGUCAACCUGGUCAACCAGAAAGGCCGGGAGGAACGCGUCAAAAGCGCAUACGAGCAGCUGGUUCGCACACUGGUCACUUCCUCCCACGAAACCACCGAGGCUGAUGAGAAAUCCCCCGAGAAGACGCAUGUCUUGGAACCAGGUCUGAAGCAGAACGAGAUGGACCAUCUCCACUACGUGUACUUUGACUUCCACAACGAAACCAAGGGGCUCCAGUGGCAUCGUGCUGAACUGCUCAUGAAUCGUUUGAAUGAUGGACUGUCUCAGGGCGGCUACUUCCGGGGAGUGGAGCAUCCAGGAGCACCCGGUGGUCAGCUGGACAUUCGGUCAACGCAAUCGAGCGUUGUCCGCACCAACUGCAUGGAUUGCCUGGAUCGCACCAAUGUUGUGCAAAGCAUGCUCGGCCGCUGGGCGGUGACGCGGCAGCUCAUGGAUGCCGGUGUACUUCGCCCGGGAGAAACGGCCAACGACGACCGGGAGUUCGAGAGUCUGUUCCGCAAUAUCUGGGCGGAUAAUGCGGACGUGGUCUCCAAGUCCUACUCUGGUACCGGUGCCCUGAAGACUGAUUUCACUCGCACUGGCAAGCGCACGCGGGUCGGAAUGCUGCAGGACCUAAACAAUUCCAUCACUCGUUAUGUGCGCAACAACUUCAUGGAUGGUCCCCGCCAAGACGGAUUCGACGUGUUCCUGGGCACCUAUCUUCCCCCGGACUCGACGUUUGGCAACUUCCAACUAUUUGUGGACAACCGACCGCUCAUCAUCCAAGCAUUGCCGUAUGCGUUCGCUGCGAGUGUGUUCAUGGUUCUGGUUGCCACCUUUACCCGGCAGCUGCCCGAUGCUGCAGUUUGGCCGCUCCGUCUGUUUGUGGUCUUUUGGCUGUUUGUUGGCGCCUACACUUUCCGCUUCAUCCACGCACAUGGAAUGCUCUAUGUGAACUGGCCCAAGCUCAACACGCCCGUCGCUGGCGCCGAAGGCUACCAGGAUGCUCUUCUCAAAGCCCGGACUGACCCUCUCGUCGGCAAGUGGCUUCCUUCUCGCCGACACCAGCGGGGAAUCAGCAACGCUCGCUUGGUCUUCCUCGAAGAAGGAAAGACUAGGGUCGAAUAA